AAUUACAGACACGCUCCAUCUGUCUUUCUACACCACUGGAAAUGUUCUACAGUGAUCGGUGAUAAAAAAGGCAAUACGUUAUCGUCAAAACAGAAUGGCCAUAACCUCCGUAGCUACUUCCUUCUACACUACUUCAGCCUGGAUGGAUAUGCACUCGGUGACAACAUCGGACACGAACGUUGGAGAUACCAAAACAAAUGAGUAUUCAUUUACAGAAAACAGUGUGUGGAUAUCUGGACCAGGAAGUCGGGAUCCGAUCGGAAACAUGUCCACUACUACAACAUUCCUACCCGGACUUCUGGAUACACUGAACGACGAAAAAGCUCUAUUGUACCUUCCCGUUAUAAUCUUCGUUGCGUUUUUAAUGGUGACAGGUGUGAUUGGAAAUAUUCUUGUUAUUUAUGUUUACUGCUGCAAAUACCAAAGUCGAUCAUCUAACCAUUUCAUCGUUUCCAUGGCAGCGUUUGACCUUUUGUCCAGUCUGAUCUGCAUGCCCAUUGACAUCUAUGACGUCAGAUUUCACUACACAUUCUACAGCGUUUGGGCUUGUAAGCUCUUCCGCUACUCACAGAACGUAACAACGUUCGGAUCGGUCAUCAUCUUGAUCGAAAUUGCGUUUGAUCGCUACGUCAAAAUCUGUAGACCCCUAAGGAUUGUAACGGCGUUGAAGAUCAAGAUCAUGUGCGCAGUUGCAGGAAUCUUGGCUAUAAUUUUGUCUGUUCCGGCACUUAUCUUGUUCGGCAUCACAAGGGCUCCAACGCACGUGACUGGACUGUUCGGACACGAUUGUUCAGUAUCAGAAGACUACAAGGAAAGUCUUUUUCGUGACAUCUUCUACAAAUACUUCAUACCUCUAACGUUUGGCGUGUCGUUCCUACUGUUAGCCGGUCUGUAUAUCCGCAUUUGGUAUGAAAUCAGACGCAGGAAAGAUAUAGUAAUAGGCGAUAAACCGACUAACCGACCAGGCGACGAUCAAAUGGGGGGUGGACGUUACAUUGUAAAAAGGACCCGCUUUAUCUCAAGUACCAGUGACGACGAAUCAAGCGUAUUUACUAAUAACAAACGGUCAUUCAAACGGUCUCUGUCUAAUUCAUCUCGAAAAUCAAGGUUAGGUAGCAUUACGGAAGCUCUAACGCAAAUCAAAGUCUCUAGAACAACAAAGAUAUUUAUUGCUGUCACCGUGGCGUUCGUGCUGAGUUAUCUGCCCACCAUUGUGGUUCAGGUAUUUGUAUCUCGACAAAAAGGUUCGGCAGUAAAACUCUCUGAGGAGAAACAGCUUAUUCUGAAACUGUUUGCCCGUUCUUACUACAUCAACAAUGUUAUAAAUCCUGUUAUAUAUAGUUUUCUGAACGUAAAUUUCCGCACGCAUUGCUCCAAGCUGUUUACAGCUGCUAUCGGUAGUUGUAAGGGAUCUUUCCGUCGUCGCACUAGUUCGUUCAGAGGAUCUUUCCGUAAGGUGAAUGGGACAAGGUCGGAUUCCAAUAAAUCCAAUCCGACCCAUGAUUUAGAAAUGGAACAACUGAAAUGAUGCGAAAUGGCAACAAUGAUAUAUAUAUAUUAUUUUGGAAACAUGAAACACUUAGAAAUUGAAGUGUAGCGAACAAUUCAUCUGUUAAAAACCAAAGUGGUGAAUGCAUUUGAUACUAUGGUGUCUUUCGUGCCGGACAUCAGCAUGCCAGCUUAUUAUAGCUCAAAUAAGUGAAAAAAGGCAUUCGAUACAAGUUACCGAUUGUACGCGGAGAUCGACCAUUAUAUUGAACCACAUACUCAUUGAUCAAGAAGGGACAUAUUUUGAAAUUGUUUAUAAAAUAUAGAUUUAAACAUAUAA